AUGAGUCGAAGAGGCCAUUAUAAGACGUACAUCCAAGAAAACUUAGAAAAAGCCGUGGAGAAAAUAAAGUUAGGAGAGAUUUCUGUUGGAAAAGCCAGCCUUGCCUAUGGAAUCCCCAAGACUACGCUCCUUGACAAGAUGCACGGCCGCACCCCCCUUCAAACACGUCAAGGCCCAAAUCCCAUUCUGACAGACGAGGAGGAGUUGGGGCUUGUGACGUGGAUCGCCCAAAAGCCCAAGAUGAGCUACGGUCGCAUGAAGCAGGAGCUGGCUUUGAUGGUCAAGAAAAUCCUUGACGAGAAUGGCAGGCCGAAUCCAUUCAAGAAGAAUACUCCGGGAAGAUGUUGGAUGAGGGGUUUCUUGAGGCGACAUCCGGAGAUUUCGACAAGAGUGCCGCAGCCGGUAGCACCAAGAGGCAAGCAGGGACGCCAGGGACAAGAACCCCCCGCAGUAAGCCCCUCUCAAAGUGGUGCCAAGAAUGCGCUGGAAGCUCUCGAAUCUGUGAUUUCCUCCGAGAAGUUGCAGUUGUUUCAAAGGUGGCGGCAGGAGGAAUAUGAUAUGGGCAGGGAUGACCUGUACCAGGCGUGGUCUGCGCUCAAACGAAAGGCAGCAUUGACACAGCUCGACGAGAGAGAAUAUAUGCCGGGGUCGUCUGGGGACAGAACCACGACUGAGAAGUCAGCUCAUCACGCGGAGGAUUCCAACAGACCGGGCCCUUCUGGCUACAAGCCAGCCAGAAGCACAAAGUCAGCACAGCCGACUGACGCCGACAGACCAGGCCCUUCUGGGCCCAAGCCAGCAACUUCAAAGGCUUUGUCUCCCUCCUGGGUCUCUGACAAACGCCUUCAAUAUCCAGAGGCAUCCAGAGUCGGAAAGUCAAAAGAAAAGACAAACCGAAAAGACUCCGGAGAAACAUUCACAUCACAUCUCAUAGAAAAGGAGCAAAAGAAGAAGAAUGAAGAAGAGCGCCGACAGAAACGUCAAGAGGAGCGAGAGAGGAAAAAGAUGGAGGCCGAAGCCAAGAAGCGGAAAGCAAGCAAGUCCAAAGGCAAGUCUAAACGCACAACCGCUCAUCCUAAACACACAACCGGAGAUUCCGAUGGAGACAUCGAAAUGGUUGAGGAGAACCAAUGCGGCUCGUGCCAUUGUCAGUACGACGACAAUCCAGAGAACUGGAUCGGUUGCGGGAACUGCAAACGGUGGUACCACAGAUCCCAACGAUGCUCUGGACUUGAAGGAGUGCAAGACAUGAGUGAUGACGACAUCUGCAAGCUUGAGUGGUUGUGUAACAUGUGUCUUUAG